AUGGCAACAGCAUCUUCAACGAGCACGUCUCCGCCGCGGAUAAAGGUCAAGAAAGAGCUCUGCACCGACAACGAAACAAUCAAGGAGCUCGCCGAAACGGCAAUGAAUGACAUCCUCGGCUGGUACGGCUACGACAGCGUCGAUCGUCUUGAGGUAGCCUCCGGUUCGGCUUCGUCGACGAUCGAAACCUCCGAAGGGGUGACCGGUCGCCUCCGGCCCGACAACGACCACAACUCCUUACCAUCCGGCACCUCCUCGUCAUCGUCCGUCGUUGUGUCGAACACCAAACGAAUCGAAUCCAAAGCAACCUGCCCGCAAACGGCCGUCUCCCAACAACAAGUUAUUCAUCUUCAUUCGCGCGCCAUCGGUGAUCACUUCCUCACACAGGACGAUCCCGACCAUCCGCCGGUCGCUUCAGCUUCGUCCAGCACGGAACGUAGAACCGGCCGGGAUGCAGCAUCGGCUACCGCCACCAUUGGUCAACCCGGUUCCCCACCGAACGACGCUACGGCGACACGGAACGGUAUCGUCUUACAUCAUCAGGCGCAUCCCCAGCAGCACCAUCUUGGGCUGGGCGCACAGGGAGGUGGUGGAGGUGGUGGUGGUGAAAGCUCCACCUCCGAGAAGGACAGCUCGAGGGAAAGCUCCAAGAGCCCGAUGCUGAUGAAAAUGCUCGACAAGCAAGAACAGACGUGCCAGUGGUGCCGAAAAGUGAUACCAUCGCAUCAGCCUGGCAUCCUGGGCACCACCGAGGGCAUGAUUUUCUGCACCGAGGCCUGCUUCUCCCAGUCACGUCGGGCGUCCUUUAAGCGGGCGAAAACUUGCGACUGGUGCCGGCACGUGCGACACGCCGUGAGCUACGUUGACUUCCAGGACGGCGCCAGUCAGCUGCAGUUCUGCUCGGAUAAGUGUCUCAAUCAGUACAAGAUGCAGAUCUUCUGCAACGAAACGCAAGCCCACCUGGAGCUGAAUCCGCAUCUGAAGGAAAAGAGUUCAUCGGCGGGAAGUCUCAUCACUCCGGAGCUGUGGAUGAAAAACUGCAAAAGCUGCUCGAUGUCACCAGUGUCCGAUCGGUCGGAAUCUGUUUCGCCCGUGCCAUCGGUGGCAAUUCGAUCCUCUCCGGAACCAUCGCCAGGGAUAAUGCUACAAUCACCGACACCGGCAAAGAAGCCGCUUAUUUCUGUUGCUCCACCUUCCAAACUUUUGUCGAAGUCAUUGCAGAGCGCCCUGAAUCGUCCCAGUUCGAAGAGUGCUCGGAAACGUCGUUCAACGAUCCACAGGCCAUCAGCGGGACAGCAAAGCGGAAGUGUCAGCUCGAAACGAUCCUUAUCGAGUCAACAUCAAGCGGACUAUACACUGACAAGUGGAUCUGGAACAAAUAACCUGGGUGGAGGCAGUAGUUCCGGUAGUAAUCUUAACAACAAUAACGUCACAAUCCCGAACAACAAUCUAUCCGUCAGCAGUUCCGCUGCGAUACAAUCAAAACCGUGCACUGUGACAUCGUCCAACGUGCAGGAUCUAAGAAUGUUACAGAAAAAACACAUUUCCCCGGGGGGAUUCGAUGGACGGGAUGCUAACGUUAUAGGGUCACUGGUACCACCGCCUCCACCUCCACCGCCCUUGAACAUCCCACCACAAUUUUUACCACCACCGCUCAAUCUACUGCGUCCACCCUUUUUCCACAUGAAUCCAGCUCAUUUGCGCUUCAACAGUGGACUUGCAAAUGCACCAAAUCUCGUCCAACCACAGCCCCAACCACCACCCCCACAGGCAUCUGCACAGAUGGGACCACCACCCAGCCCUCUUCCUGGUGUACCACUGGGCCACACAAAUCGGCCUCCACCGCUGCCGAACCUACUCGGAAUGGGGUCACCACCACCAGUGACAAUUCUAGUCCCGUAUCCAAUAAUCGUCCCACUGCCCUUGCCCAUUCCGGUACCGAUUCCUGUGAUAGAUUUCCUGCGCGCGGCCCUUCCAAAGGAACCUAAAGAGGCAACCCAACCAGCCGAAGAUGGAGGAUCAAAGAUCGAUGAUCUCAGCGGGCAAGAACAACUCGAUUUAGACACUCCACUAGAUUUUACCCUAACCAGCGCUGGCAAGCUACACGAAAGAGAUUCGCUGGAGCGCUCAAACAUCGAACGGGCAUACGAACAGGGUGUGAAAAUAAUUAACUACCCUUGCCCCAGCGAUGAAACUUUGGCAUACAAACUCUCCUCGGUCAGAUCGGAUCCGAACGAGGAAGAGAACGGAUUAUCGAGUGUGAAGGGGGGAGGAGAGUCCUCAAAGCAGCUGAUACCUAAAAUUAAGAUUUUUCGUCAGGAAACAACGUGCGUCGGGAAUGAAAGUAAUGAGACGACCUCCUUGGCAGGCAAUAUACGUCAGCCAAUGGACAUCGAUGAGGAGGAUAUCGAACGCGAGCGAAAGGAAAUGGUUGAUCGCAGUCGUCCUUUACGGAAGCGGAAGAGGGUCGUGGGGCAACAACAUUUAGAGGCAAAACCGAGUGUGAGUGAAACGGCCAGCGAAGGAAUGGUGGAUGAGCAUGUAGAAAAAGGCUCCACAGGUGGACUGGGCACACCUCAGGAGACAUGAGACGUUCGUGGUGCUGUUCAUGCAUGAUCAACAUGAUCUUUACAUGUAAUUGUCUAGUAUUUCUUGAUGUAUAAGGCUAACCUAAUUAUGCAUAGA